AUGCCUUCUCAUGUCCUUGCCGUGCUUUCGGUUUACCCUGAGCUGGCGUGCCGUUCAGGCCCCUUCCAAGUGCCAGUCUCCCGCGAGGGCAUUUACAAGGAACUCCUCUGCGUUGGCAAGGCGUCUACCCUGCAGUUCGCCGCAGAUGUUCUCACAGACGUUGCGGCGCUUUUUCCCGGCAGGUACAUUCAUGUCGGCGGCGACGAGGCCGUGUUCGAUGCAUGGCAGGAAAGUGAGCAUGUGAGGGCCUUUGCAGGCCAUGCCGGGCUUCGCAACUUGGGCCCGGACAUUUUGGAGGCUUGGUUCUGCGCGGUGGGGAAGAUCCUGAAGGAGCUUGGCAAACAGCCCAUCAUGUGGGACGACCACUUUGAGAACAGGCCGUGGUGCACGAGACUGUGUCCGAAUGCUGAGGAGGACUGGAUUGUCCAAGCAUGGAAGAUGCAGCCACCGGUUGGCGACGGGAUGGCCGCUGAUCCGACCUUCCCCUUUCGGAGCAUCUCUUCUUCCAUGAAGGUGGCGUAUCUUGACUAUCCGCUGGCUUCCAUUGACUUCAACCGCACCCUGGAGAUGCUGCCUUCGACUGGCCCUCGAAUGCUGGGAGGAUGUGCCACGAUGUGGACCGAAGACACUGUGCCUAACGCUGUCGGGGCGAAGGUCUAUCCUCGUUACCUGGGCAUCGCAGAGAGGUUGUGGGGAGGUAUCGUCGACGCAAGGCACCCACGGGCCUUGGAUGAGGACCUCUUGACGGCUGCCAAAGCACAUUGCAGUCCUCAGGGGCUGCUCAGCACAGACCUGGGCUUCGCUUGCGGACGAUUCGAGCCGAUGGAGAGCAUCCGGAGCCCGGUAUUCAAGAACGCAACGAUCUCGUCAAGCAUGGAAGCGUUCUCUCCAGCCUUUUCUGAAGACCGUGCCAUCGACACCAGUGACGAGAGCUACUUCUGGGCCGUCGCACCCAAGGCCGGCGACUACAUGGACGUCACCUUCCGUGCCGAGGACAGCCAGCACCACGGCCUCGUCAAGGGGAAUGAUGCCAGCUUUUCCGCAAAGUGGCUUCGCCGGCUUACGAUCAAGACGGGCUCCAAGGACCGACCAGGUGAUCAACUUCUCAAAGGCAUGACGAAGGUGAUGCAGUGGUCGCAGGACCCCGCGACCGGAAAACGCGAGCGAUCGUGGGUCGCUCUGUGCAGCUUCGAUCGUGGUAUCUGUGAUGCCCCACACAACGUCCUUGCAAACGGCCCCAUCUCGUCGAUCCGGAUUCUGGUCUUACAGGAUCAGGAGAAGUGGAUGACAAUGCCGGCCGUCUUGGCUGCACGGUUGCAAUGGAAAGAACCCAGGGCAGGGCGAGGGUCCUGCAAGGUCGCGCGUUCAAUGUGA